UUUCAAGCGACCCCUCAACGCCAAAUUUGAAUCCGUCCCCUCCUAUCCAUCAUCACGUUGCUUUCAAGAUCGAACCUUAAUCUUCCCCGCGACUCCCCCCAGUCCCUCCAUUGCACACCUCAUCCUCGCCUCUCUCACUCCACGUCUCUCAGAUCUCACUCCUCUCGCAUUCUCUCCCUCUCUUAAAUACCCAAAAACCCUCUUUGAGAUCUGAACACACGAGAUCAAUCCGACCCACCAGAGAAGCGGAGACCCCCGUAGAGAUUGCAGUCGAAGAAGGAGGAGGAGGAGAGGGAAGGAGAAGAUGUGUUGCGGGGGCAGAGUGUGCAUGCUCUGCACGUGCCUGAUCCUGGUGGUGGUCCUGAUCGGGCUGCUGUUCGGCUUCGGGGUGUUCAAGCACGGGUUCCACAAGCUCAAGGACACCAUCAACGAAUGCGAUCCCAACGCCCCCGCCAGCCUCUGCGGCAGCGGGAGGCCGUUCCUGGGUUUCGCGGCUCCUCCUCCCUUUUAGGUUUCCUUUUGGUUCGCUCUCGAAUUGCUAGGUUGCUUUUUCUUUCCCUGAUCCCUAAUUAUUGGGUCGUGAAUCUACGAUGGGAUUUGUUUGAGGGGGCAUAGUCCUUCCGGUUCGUGCCGAUGUUCGUAUGAAAAAAUCAUCAGGCUUGUGUACAUAAAUAUUCUUUUGGGUCAAGGGGUCUUUGAACGAUCUCUGUUUGAUGGAAUGUCUCUCGUGUAUUGCAUUUGUUUAAGAUUUGCCAAUUGUCAU